UUCACAAUGAUGCCACCUCCACCACGACUUGGCUGGCUCUCAUUCUUCCUUUCCGCCUCUUGCAAUCUUGCAAAUGUAUUUUGAAGGAAUCCUCGACACCCUGCGCAACCUCGGCACCUUUUUCAAGCAAGCCUGGUUCUCCGGAAAGCCUCGGUGGACCCCAGCCCAGAUGACAGACUUGGCAGGAAAAGUCGUUAUCGUAACCGGUGGCUCGUCGGGGAUAGGAAAAGAGAUUGUCAAGGAACUGCUGCUUCACAACGCCAAAGUGUAUCUUGCCGCUAGGAAUCCAGAAAAGACGGCGAACGUUAUCAAGGAACUGACGGAGGCCACUGGAAGAACAGCCAUUUUCUUGGACCUGGAUCUUGGAGACCUGAAAUCUGUCAAGGCCGCUGCUGAGAAGUUCCUUUCGAACGAGAAGAGUCUCGAUAUCUUAUUCAAUAAUGGAGGCGUGAUGCUAGUUCCACAGGACAUGCUCACUGUCCAAGGCUACGAUUAUCAUUUUGGCGUUAAUGUCCUCGGUCAUUUUUACCUCACGAAGCUGCUGCUGCCAGCGUUACUUUCAACAGAAGGCAAAGCCCGUGUAGUCACCACCUCGUCCUCGGCUAUCUACCUGCCUUUGGGGAGCAAGAUCCUGUUUGAAACGCUCAAGGAUGGACCAUCGAGAAAACGCAAGUCCCCGUCGUAUCUGUAUUCUCAAAGCAAAGUGUGCGACGCGAUGUUUGCGCUGGAACUAGCGAGGAGGUACGGGGACAAAGGAAUAGUAUCUAUUAGCCUCAAUCCUGGAAACCUCAAGACAAAUCUCGACCGGCACGCGAGCUGGUUCAACUCGAUCGGUUUGUGGUUCUUGCUCUUAUGGCCGGCAACUUGGGGCGCAUGGACAUCGCUAUGGGCUGGCACGAGCCCAGAAAACGAAGAUGCGAACGGGAAAUUUAUGGUUCCGUGGUGUCAGGAGGGUGCGAUGACCAAGACAAGUCGAGACCUAGAAGUCGGCGAGAGAUUAUGGGCUUGGAUGGAAGACCAGGUGAAAGACGUAUAGCAGUUCCAAUAUCGUGCUACUCUAGGUGGAAUUGCCAAAUCUCAGUCAAAUGAGUUCAUAGCCAUUCGUAUACUUAGACUGGGAAGUCGUAUUCUCAUAGGUGAUAGAUAUGCGCGAAGUCGCCAUCAAGGUGGAAGAUGCCGAAUACCGCU